UCGCGCCGCCGCCCGCCGCCCGGCGCCCCUCGCCCUGCGCCCAGUCCGGCCCGACCCGGACCCGCCCCGCCCGACCCAGUCGGCCGCCCGGGAAGAUGCGGCUGCUCCCGGAAUGGCUCCUCUUGCUCUUUGGUCCCUGGCUCCUUAGGAAGGCCGUCGGUGGCCAGAUCGCGGAGUCCGGAAGGCCGCAGUACCUGGAGCUGCGUCCCGCCAUGGCCGGAGAGGGCGCCCGCGGCCAGCAGCUCCCAUCGCCCGGGUCUUCCGAGGGCCUGGGCACGCCGCGCUCCUGGAGCUGGGCUUGGCCCGCCAACCACACCGGGGCGCUGGCCAAGCCCGGGGCCGCCGGCGGCCUGCCCGCGCCGCGCACCAAAAGGAAGCCAUCCAUUAAAGCGGCCCGCUCCAAGAAGAUUUUCGGCUGGGGGGACUUUUACUUUCGUGUGCAUACCCUCAAGUUCUCGCUGCUGGUGACCGGCAAGAUCGUGGACCACGUGAACGGUACCUUCAGUGUGUACUUCCGUCACAACUCGUCCAGCCUGGGGAACCUGAGCGUCAGCAUCGUGCCGCCCUCCAAGUGCGUGGAGUUCGGGGGCGUCUGGCUGCCGGGGCCCGCCCCUCACGCCCUGCAGUCUGCGCUGGCGCUAGAGGGCGUGCUUCCCGGGCUGGGGCCCCCUCUGGGGAUGGCGGAGCAGAAACUGGGGAGCAACCUCGGGGGCGCGCUUGCCGGCCCACUCGGAGGCGCGCUGGGAGUGCCCGGGACCAAAGAGUCGCGCGCUUUUAACUGCCACGUGGAGUACGAGAAGACGAACCGCGCCCGCAAGCACCGCCCGUGCCUGUACGACCCGUCGCAGGUGUGCUUCACUGAGCACACGCAGAGCCAGGCCGCGUGGCUCUGCGCCAAGCCCUUCAAAGUUAUCUGCAUCUUCGUCUCCUUCCUCAGUUUUGACUACAAACUGGUGCAGAAGGUGUGCCCAGACUAUAACUUCCAGAGCGAGCACCCCUAUUUUGGAUAACGCCCCCAUCCUGGGCCCUGAACUUGUCACCAGAUCACAGCCUCACUAGGUGGGACCCCUCCCUGUACCCCAUGCUCCUGUGACCGCCCCCACCUCUUCCACUGUGGCUAAAGGGGAGGAAAGCAGGCUUCCCCGAGACUGUCAGCCAGUGUGGUUCUCCAUAUCCUUGUGGCCCCGAGUGUCCCCGAGGCUGGGGUAGUCUCCAGCGGCAAAUUGGAGAGGCAAGAACACAGCAGCAGAGCAGGCGAGGCCUGGGGGUUGCUUCGGGUUUCCUAGGAACACAUAUUGGCUCCCGCUUCUGCCCUUCCCGCCGCUUUAAGGACCCCUGCCCUGGCACUCUUUCUUUCCCCAAGCCUGGUCCUACCCCACCCGACUGUAACAGUCUGAAAGCCCCAGCCCACCUAGCCCCCUCCGGUUCUUCUGUGCCCUGCGUCAGUACCCCUUUCCUCCCAACCUGGCUGAAGCCAAAGUCUUGACCAGGAGGCUCAGCCUGGCCCCUGCGCCCUGCCUCCCUCCCUUCUUCCCUCCCGCGCCCGCAAGGCCGGCCCCAGCUGCCCUAUCUGGCUGCUUCUCGGUGAUAAUUUUUUCAACGCCAAAACACACGGAAAGGGGAACAAAAUAAAACGAAAUCCA